UGCCAUUAGUAAGGCUGGUGUCCAGCAGACAGGCACAGAGGUAAUUACAGAAAUUAGAGCCAGCAAGUUGAAAAUUGUGAUUUGCUGUGAAGCUUUCCACCAGCAGAUCACCACAUUACAAUGGAUGGCUACUUUGUGCCUUCAGUGGCCACCUACCAGCUGAUCUGCUAAAGGCUGCUCAGGGUCAUAUAAAGAAGCUGAUUAAGCAGCAUGCUGGAAAAUGUCUUGUUAUUUCUUCUAUCCAAUGAAAUAAUCUGAAGGAUUAUAGGUACAACUCUCAGGAGUUCAAAAUUUAAAGUUCUUGACUCAUUUCCCAAGUAAUAUCAUCCACAACAAAUAAAAGUUUUCUGGCUUGGUCUGUACCUUUAACCAGUUUGCUAAAUGCAGUAGUAAACACCCUUCUAAACAGGAAGCUCUACAUCUUGUGAUUAAGACAGUUCAGCAAGUCCAAACAUUUCCUAAGUUCCUCUUCCUUCAAGAAGAUUCAUUUCCACAGAGAUACGAGAAAUGGCAUCUUUCAACAAAUUAAAGAACGUGCUAAUGCUGGCGUUUGACUGUAUCCUGUAUGGUGCUGGUGUUGCAGAGCAGUGCCGAGUCACUGUAACACAGCCCAGGUUUCAGCACACUGACUCCUCCAUGAACAGUGUGUCCCUAACAUGCACCUUCUCUGCCUCCGGAUGCUCCUCGUCCCCACAAGUUCUGUGGUUUCGCUAUUUAACUAAUACACAUCAGGAUUUGUGUACUCCUGCAUGCACAGACAAUCAGAAGUACAAAGUACAGUCAUCAGCAAACAACAUCUCACUUGUGAUAAAAGAUCUGACUGUAAAUGACAGCGCUGUUUAUAUCUGUGGAAUUGCAUUUUCAGACUCAGAGUCACCCCUUUCUAAACAAACAGGAGAUGGAACAGUACUAACUGUAACAGAGAAGCAGCACAGCAAUGGGAAACUCACCUCCAUGAUCAUUGUCUCGUCCUUACUGUUCCUGUACAGCUCUGCUGUGCUCACUUCCUUUGUGGUCUACAAGUUAAAACCAAAGCUGCUAAAGAAGUGUGGGAAACACCAAACAACAGAGAACUGUAAAAUAAACAGUGGCCGAAAAGUUUUUCAAGCAAUUGCUCAAGAACUUCAAAAGCAGAGAUAUGCUCGACACUGCCAACAGCCUGAGGAUCUGGAAAAUGACACUGUUUAUCAGAACAGAUGAGCACGUGCAGCACUUCAGAUUUGUUCAACAGUUCUUUUGCAAGCAAAGGAGCAGGUGAGGAAGUUAAAACUUCUUCACAGACUUCCUUUGCUUUAAAAGGAGAGGAGAAAACCCUGCAGAGCAGUGUUCUUUGGGAGUAUUUUCUAAACAGUUCCCCAGAACCAAGUGUAUUGUAUCUUACAUGUGCGUUACAUAUUCCAUUUUCCAUUUCAAAGAACCUGGGAAAAGACUUCAUCUUUGUAAGACAACUGCUGAUGCUUCAUAUAAGUUUCCUUUUUUAAUUUAGAUUUAAUUCUUAUUCUCUUUACAUAAACUUUUAUGUAUUCCUCUUACACAAAUUGAGCAAUUGUGAAAGAUGCUUGAUAAUUGACAGCAAUGGAAAAUAAACUCGUUUCAUGGGUGAAAUUCUGGAUUUGCUCAUGUUGAUGGGAUAGUUAUUGAUGUAACAUUUACAGACCAACAGUAAAUGAGCCUUAGAACAGUUUAAACUUAAAACAGUUAAACAGCAAAACCUGUGUAUUAGACAGGCAAGCAGAAAAAAAAAGACAAUAUAAAGACAUGCACUACCUGGCAAAGCUCAUUUUGGAUGGGAGCAUCUUCCAAACCUACUUAGGAAAGUAACUGUCAUUGUGAAAGCUGCUCCUCCAAUACUAAAAUUCAUCUGCUAGGCUGACACCCCCAUCUCCCAGUCCCACCACCCCAAGUCAGGAAUAUCUGGAGCACCACGUUUUACAUUUACAAGCCUGUUCAACAGAGAUACAAACACAAAAAAGAACUACACCAUCCAGUAAAAGGCAGCAUACU